AAGUUUUCAGAUUCUCGUGUGACUAUUCAGUUCUUCCUGUAUCUCUCUAUCUCCAAUUCUCUAUGGUACAUUUAUAAUAUAUAUAAAUACGCACUCUUCUUUCACCGACCUCCGACACGAAAAGGCAGCUCCUUUUUGUGUGUUUCUGUCAAUUCCACUACUUCACCAUGAAUGCUUCAAUGGAUUCUUCUUCUUCUUUUCCAGCUUUCUUUCUUUUCCUUAAUUAUCUUUGUUUCUUGGUGGGGCUUUGGUGCUUUCUUGACUCAUUCAUUCUAUGUAUAAAAGCUAGUGGCAAAUGCAAAGAGCCCUGUUUUUCCAGUUUCUUGAUUUAGAAGGGAGACAAAAAAUGGGUAGAGUUAUGUUGGUGAAGUUUUGGUUUUUAUUACUUGUGAUCUCUUUUGGGUUUUUGUCAAACACUUUGGGACAACAACAAGAUGAUGAUGGUGAUGAUGAUGAUGAUACUUCUGUCUACAUUGUCACACUUAAACAACCUCUUAUUGUUCAUCUCUAUGAAGAAGAAGAGCUUAAACACCAAAGGUCUAAACAUGGCCACACUUCUAAAUUCAUACCAAAAUUGCCACCAAGGAACAUUUCAAGGAAACGUCAUGCUAGGUCAAAAAGACCACCAUCUACUUCUCAAACUCAUGACUCUUUCUUGAGAAAGACAUUAAAAGGAGAAAAGUAUAUAAAGCUUUAUAGCUACAACUAUCUAAUCAAUGGAUUUGCCGUGUUUGUUAGCUCACAACAGGCUGAGAAGCUUUCGAUGACAAGAGAAGUAGCAAACAUAGUGUUGGAUUUCUCUGUAAGAACAGCAACAACGUAUACUCCACAGUUUAUGGGUUUACCAGAAGGAGCAUGGGACAAAGAAGGUGGAUUCGAGAUUGCUGGAGAAGGAAUUGUAAUCGGGUUCAUCGAUACAGGAAUCGAUCCGAAUCAUCCUAGUUUCAGUGACAAUGACAUAAACUCUCACCAUUCAUAUCCAACACCGAAGCAUUUCUCAGGUGUUUGUGAAGUCACACCGGAGUUUCCAUCAGGAUCUUGCAACAAGAAGCUAAUCGGAGCACGUCACUUCGCGCAAUCAGCUAUAACUAGAGGAGUCUUUAACUCAUCUGAGGAUUACGCUUCUCCUUUUGAUGGAGAUGGACAUGGAACACACACAUCUUCGAUUGCAGCGGGUAACCAUGGAGUUCCAGUGAUAGUAUCUAACCAUAACUUUGGAAACGCUAGUGGAAUCGCUCCUCGUGCAUAUGUUUCUGUUUACAAGGCAUUGUACAAGGGUUUUGGAGGUUUUGCUGCAGAUGUUGUUGCAGCUAUAGAUCAGGCAGCUCAAGAUGGAGUAGAUAUACUAAGUUUAUCGAUUACACCGAAUCGAAAACCUCCUGGUGUUGCAACUUUCUUUAAUCCUAUCGAUAUGGCGAUACUCUCCGCUGUGAAAUCAGGGAUUUUCGUAGUCCAAGCUGCAGGAAACACCGGUCCAUCGCCUAAAAGCAUGUCUUCUUUUAGCCCUUGGAUCUUCACAGUUGGUGCUUCUUCUCAUGAUAGAGUCUACUCCAAUUCCAUAACCCUAGGCAACAAUGUAACUAUUCCAGGCGUAGGGUUCGCAAUUCCUACGGAUGAUGGAAAGAUGUACAAGAUGAUCUCUGCGUUUCAUGCCUUGAACAAUAGUACUUCUGUAGAUAAAGAUAUGUAUGUAGGUGAAUGUCAAGAUUAUGAGAAUUUCGAUCAAGAACUUGUCUCAGGGAAUCUCUUGAUGUGUAGCUACUCUGUCCGUUUUGUUCUUGGGCUUUCGACUAUUAAACAAGCUUUAGAUGUCGCCAAGAAUCUAUCUGCGGUUGGUGUAGUGUUAUAUAUGGACCCUUAUGUUCUUGGAUUCCAGAUCAAUCCAACGCCUAUGGAUAUGCCUGGAAUCAUAAUUCCAUCAGCAGAAGAUUCCCAAAUUUUACUUAAGUACUAUAACUCUUCUGUUCAAAGAGAUGUAACCACCAAAGAAAUCGUUGGAUUUGGAGCUGUUGCAGCCAUUGAAGGAGGUUUAAAUGCUAACUUCAGUAACAGAGCUCCUAAGGUUAUGUAUUACUCAGCAAGAGGACCUGAUCCAGAAGACAACUCUUUCAACGACGCAGACAUCUUGAAACCAAACCUCGUGGCUCCUGGAAACUCUAUUUGGGGUGCUUGGAGUUCUGCUUCUAUCGAUUCAACCGAGUUUCAAGGUGAGAAAUUCGCAAUGAUGUCUGGUACAAGCAUGGCUGCUCCUCAUGUAGCUGGUGUGGCUGCACUAAUCAAACAAUCUUACCCGCAAUUUAGUCCUUCGGCAAUCGCAUCCGCGCUUUCAACAACCGCUCUUCUUGAUGAUAACAAAGGAGGUCCAAUAAUGGUUCAGCGUACUUACACCAAUCCUGAUCAAAGCCUCACUAACGCAACACCGUUUGAUAUGGGAAGCGGUUUCGUUAACGCAACCGCAGCUUUAGACCCUGGCCUAGUUUUCGAUACUAGUUUUGAAGACUAUAUGUCAUUUCUUUGUGGGAUCAAUGGCUCAGAUUCGGCGGUAUUUAACUACACCGGGAUUAGCUGUUCCGCUAAGAACGCAUCAAUCAGCGGUUGUGACCUAAAUUUGCCAUCGAUUACAGUAUCGACGCUUAAUGGUGAAAAAACCUCCCAAAGAUCGAUGCGGAACAUAGCCGGAAAUGAGACAUAUAAUGUUGGUUGGAGUGCCCCUUAUGGUGUUUCAAUGAAGGUAUCUCCUACUCAGUUCUCUAUAGCCAUGGGAGAAACUCAAGUACUUAGCGUAACACUCAAGGCAAUGAAGAACAGUUCAAGUUCUAGUUUUGGAAGAAUAGGUUUGUUCGGAAACACAGGUCACGUUGUGAAUAUUCCUGUAUCUGUCAUAACGAAAAUCGCUUCGAGUUGAUAGAUAGAUAUAAUAUCUUCUUUCUUUUUACCAUUCAAUUGUUAAAGAUUACAUUUUUUAUUUUGAUGAAAUGAAAAACGAUAGAGAUGUUUUCAAACACAAGUAAACUUGAAAUUUUCACGCGUUUCCUCCAUCUUUGUUACCUUUGCUUGGGGAAGAAGGUAACUUCUCUGUUUCCUCUUGAGCUCCAGAUGGGUUUGUUGGAAUGUUAGGGUUGACCAUCGUGAAAGGUGGGUACUUUGGGAAAGGCCAGCCCUUUAAUGGAAACUUGUGGCUGAAGAAUCCAGCAAUCAUGGAUUUUGCAUGGUCGAUCUUGCCCAUUGAAGACGAAUCAUCGAUUAUGGUUUCAGCUGGUUUUGGUUCUGAUUGCAGUUUUGGGCCACGGAAGGAGAGUGCAGGUUGAGAACUUAGGAGGAAGAAGACGAUAAGGAGUAAACAGAGAGAAGAAGCCUUUGAGAUUUUCGACAUUGUUAAAUUGCUUGGUGGUUUUGAGCUCUU